AUGACUGCCAAACUGAUUGAUCGUCGAUUCCACAAUGUUCCCGGCAAACUUCGGGUAUCUGAGCUUUUCUUUGAUGUCCCUGUGGACUACAGUAAACCCGCAGGGGAAACCCUGAGACUCUUUGCACGCAGCAUUGCUCGCAAAAACACACCUAUUGAGCCCACAGACGAGAACAAAGGAGGCAAACUCCCCUGGCUGGUGUAUUUGCAAGGUGGCCCUGGCUUUGGAUGCGGUACCCCGCAGUCGUACCCCUGGGUGGACUUCAUCCUCAGCAAAGGGUAUCAGGUAUUGUUCCUCGACCAGCGAGGUACAGGUUUGAGCUCGACCAUUACCGCGGGUACACUUGCUCGGCAGGGGGAUGCUAUUAAGCAGGCCGAGUAUCUCAAGAACUUCCGUGCAGAUAACAUUGUCCGUGAUUGUGAGGCAAUCCGUAACAUCUUGACAAAUGAUUAUCCUGCAGACCAGCGCCAAUGGAGUAUUCUUGGGCAGAGCUUUGGUGGCUUCUGCGCUGUGACUUAUCUGUCUAAGUUCCCAGAAGGCUUGAGAGAAGCUUUCCUCACUGGUGGUCUUCCUCCUCUGACUAGUGGACCGGAUCCCGUUUACGCGAAAACCUACGGUAAAUCUACCUAUCUCUUAUUCAAGAAUAUACAUGCUGAUGAACAGACAGAAAAGGUCAAGCAGAGAAAUGAAGCUUAUUACGAUAAAUACCCCGAGGAUGUGGAACGUGUGAAGAGGAUCAUGCUGUACCUCCACGAGAACAAAAUCAAACUGCCAUCUGGACUGCUUACUCCAGCUCGCUUCCAGCAAUUGGGCAUCUUGUUUGGCUUCCAUGGUGGCGUGGAUACCUUGCAUGACAUCGUUGUAAGAGUUUGCAAUGAUUUGGAUAUCUUUGGCUUCCUCACUCUUCCCACCCUCGCCACCAUCGACGGCAAUGGAGGCAUGGACAAGAACAUCAUCUACGCUAUCCUCCACGAGUCUAUCUAUUGCCAAGGCAAAUCCUCGUUGUGGUCCGCUGACAGACUGCGCUCCAACGACCCUCAGUUCACAAUCACUGACUCGGUUCCAGCGAUUUACUUCACUGGUGAGAUGGUAUUCAAAGAUAUGUUCGAAUCUUACUCGGAACUCGCGGAACUCAAGGAUGUGGCCCAAAUCCUGGCUACCACUGACGACUGGCCUGCUCUUUACGACGAGGCUCAACUGGCCAAGAACACUGUCCCGGUCUAUGCUGCUACCUACAUCGAGGAUAUGUAUGUUCACUACGACUUGGCAACUGCCACUGCCUCCAAGAUCAAGAACACAAAGCAGUUCAUCACCAACAACAUCUACCACGAUGGGUUGCGCAGCAAGUCUGGCGAAAUCAUGCGCCAGCUCUUCAACCUCCGGGAGGAUACGAUUGACUAG